CAGGAGCAAGAGCGGAGCAGCAGAGCUGAGACGGCGGCGGCGCCUCUGGGAUGUGGGGAUCUCGCCCCCAGGGCUGCUGAGCGUGCGCCCAGUGCCCAGAGCCCGGCGCCGAGCAGAGUCCGUGCCGAGCAGCAGUCGCCCACCCCGGGGCUGGGCCGGGGAACCAGCAGCUUCUCCACAGGCACCGUGAGCAGAGCCUGUGCCCAGAAGCAGGAUGAGAAGAUGGCAAACUUCCUGUUACCUCGGGGCACGAGCAGCUUCCGAAGAUUCACACGGGAGUCUCUGGCAGCCAUCGAGAAGCGUAUGGUGGAGAAGCAAGCCCGUGGCUCAGCCACCUCACAGGAGAGCCGUGAUGGGCUGCCUGAGGAGGAGGCUCCCCGGCCUCAGCUGGACCUGCAGGCCUCCAAAAAGCUGCCAGAUCUCUAUGGCAACCCACCCCGGGAGCUCAUUGGGGAGCCCCUGGAGGACCUGGACCCCUUCUAUAGCACCCAAAAGACCUUCAUCGUACUGAAUAAAGGCAAAACCAUCUUCCGCUUCAGUGCCACCAACGCCUUGUAUGUCCUGAGUCCCUUUCACCCCAUCCGGAGAGCAGCUGUGAAGAUUCUGGUUCAUUCACUCUUCAGCAUGCUCAUCAUGUGCACCAUCCUGACCAACUGCGUGUUCAUGGCCCAGCAUGACCCUCCACCCUGGACCAAGUAUGUCGAGUACACGUUCACCGCCAUUUAUACCUUUGAGUCUCUGGUCAAGAUUCUGGCUCGAGGUUUCUGCUUGCAUGCAUUUACCUUCCUUCGGGACCCAUGGAACUGGCUGGACUUCAGUGUGAUUGUCAUGGCAUACACAACUGAAUUUGUGGACCUGGGCAAUGUCUCAGCCUUACGCACCUUCCGAGUCCUCCGGGCCCUGAAAACUAUAUCAGUCAUUUCAGGCCUGAAGACCAUUGUGGGUGCCCUGAUCCAGUCUGUGAAGAAGCUGGCUGAUGUGAUGGUCCUCACAGUCUUCUGCCUCAGUGUCUUUGCCCUCAUUGGCCUGCAGCUCUUUAUGGGCAACCUAAGGCACAAGUGUGUGCGCAACUUCACGGCGCUCAACGGCACCAAUGGCUCUGUGGAGGCCGAUGGCCUGGUCUGGGAGUCGCUGGAUGACUACCUCAACAAUCCAGAAAAUUACCUGCUCAAGAAUGGCACCUCUGACGUGUUGCUGUGUGGGAACAGCUCGGAUGCUGGGGCAUGUCCUGAGGGCUACCGGUGCCUAAAGGCAGGCGAGAACCCUGACCAUGGCUAUACCAGCUUUGAUUCCUUUGCCUGGGCCUUCCUCGCACUCUUCCGCCUGAUGACACAGGACUGCUGGGAGCGCCUCUACCAGCAGACCCUAAGGUCCGCAGGGAAGAUCUACAUGAUCUUCUUUAUGCUCGUCAUCUUCCUGGGAUCCUUCUACCUGGUGAACUUGAUCCUGGCUGUUGUCGCCAUGGCCUAUGAGGAGCAAAACCAAGCCACUAUUGCUGAGACUGAGGAGAAGGAAAAGCGCUUCCAGGAAGCCAUGGAGAUGCUCAAGAAAGAACAUGAGGCCCUCAUUAUCAGGAGUGUGGAUACCAUGUCACGUAGCUCCUUGGAGAUGUCCCCUUUGGCGCCAGUAACCGGCCAUGAGAGAAGAAGCAAGAGGAGAAAACGAAUGUCUUCUGGGACAGAAGAGUGUGGGGAGGACAGGUUCCCAAAAUUGGACUCAGAAGAUGGUCCCAGAGCUUCGAAUCGCCUCAGCCUCACCCAUGGGCUCAGCAGGACUUCUGUGAAGCCACGAUCCAGCCGAGGGAGCAUUUUCACCUUUCGCCGGCAAGACCUGGGUUCUGAGACAGACUUUGCAGAUGAUGAAAACAGUACCGCAGGGGAGAGUGAGAGCCACCGCACCUCACUACUGGUGCCCUGGCCUCUGCGCCAGCCCAGUGCCCAGGGACAGCCCAGUCCUGGGACCUCAACUCCCGGCCAUGCCCUCAAUGGCAAAAGGAACAGCACUGUGGACUGCAAUGGGGUGGUCUCCUUGCUGGGGGCAGGUGACCCUGAGACCAUAUCCCCAGGGAGCCUCCGCCUCCACCCUAUGAUGCUGGAGCACCCCCCAGACACGACCACACCGUCAGAGGAGCCAGGUGGGCCCCAGAUGCUGACCCCCCAGGUUCCAUGUAUGGACGGCUUCGAGGAACCAGGAGCACGGCAGCGGGCCCUCAGCGCAGUCAGUGUACUCACCAGCGCACUAGAAGAACUGGAGGAGUCUCACCGCAAGUGUCCACCAUGCUGGAACCACUUUGCCCAGCGCUACCUGAUCUGGGAGUGCUGUCCACUGUGGCUGUCCAUCAAGCAGAGAGUGAAGUUCCUGGUCACAGACCCAUUUGCUGACCUCACCAUCACCAUGUGCAUCGUGCUCAACACGCUCUUCAUGGCACUGGAACACUACAACAUGACAGCUGAAUUCGAGUCGAUGUUGCAGGUCGGAAACUUGGUCUUCACAGGAAUUUUCACAGCAGAGAUGACCUUCAAGAUUAUUGCCCUCGACCCCUACUACUACUUCCAACAGGGCUGGAACAUCUUCGACAGCAUCAUCGUCAUCCUUAGCCUCAUGGAGCUGGGACUGUCCCGCAUGAAUAACUUGUCAGUGCUGCGCUCCUUCCGCCUGCUGCGGGUCUUCAAGCUGGCCAAAUCAUGGCCCACCCUGAACACGCUUAUUAAGAUCAUUGGGAACUCAGUGGGGGCACUGGGGAACCUAACGCUGGUGCUAGCCAUCAUCGUGUUCAUCUUUGCCGUGGUGGGCAUGCAGCUCUUUGGCAAGAACUACUCAGAGCAGAGGCACCGCAUCAGCGACUCAGGCAUGCUGCCUCGCUGGCACAUGAUGGACUUCUUCCAUGCCUUUCUCAUCAUUUUCCGAAUCCUCUGUGGCGAGUGGAUUGAGACCAUGUGGGACUGCAUGGAGGUGUCUGGGCAGUCAUUGUGUCUGCUAGUCUUCUUGCUUGUCAUGGUCAUUGGCAACCUUGUGGUCCUGAACCUCUUCCUGGCCUUGCUGCUCAGCUCCUUCAGUGCAGACAACCUCACAGCCCCUGAUGAAGACGGUGAGAUGAACAACCUCCAGCUGGCCUUGGCCCGCAUCCAUCGGGGCCUGUGCUUUGUCAAGCGGACCACCUGGGACUUCUGCUGUGGGCUCCUGCGGCGGCGGCCCCGGAAGUCUGCAGCCCUUGCCUCCCGCAGCCAGCUGCCCAGCUGCAUUGGCACCCCUGGCUCCCCACCACCUCCAGAGAUGGAGAAGGCGCCUCCGGCCCGCAAGGAAACACGGUUUGAAGAAGGCAAACGGCCAGGCCAGGGCACCCCUGGGGAUCCAGAGCCUGUGUGUGUGCCCAUUGCUGUGGCUGAGUCAGACACAGAUGACCAAGAGGAGGAUGAAGAGAACAGCCUGGGCACCGAGGAAGAGUCCAGCAAGCAGCAGGAAUCCCAGCCUGUAUCCAGUGGCCCUGAGGCCCCCCCAGAGCUCAGGACCUGGAGCCAGGUGUCAGAGACCGCCUCCUCCGAGGCCGAGGCCAGUGAGUCUCAGGCAGACUGUCAGCAGCAGCGGAAAGCAGAGCCCCAGGCCUCAGGGUGCAGUGAGACCCAGGAGGACAGCUACUCCGAAGGUAGCACAGCGGAUAUGACCAACACCGCUGACCUCCUGGAGCAGAUCCCUGACCUCGGCGAGGACGUAAAGGAUCCAGAGGACUGCUUCACUGAAGGCUGUGUCCAGCGUUGUCCCUGCUGUGUGGUGGACACUACGCAGGCCCCAGGGAAGGUCUGGUGGCGGCUACGCAAGACCUGCUAUCGCAUUGUGGAGCACAGCUGGUUCGAGACAUUCAUCAUCUUCAUGAUCCUGCUCAGCAGUGGAGCACUGGCCUUUGAGGACAUUUACCUGGAGGAUCGGAAGACCAUCAAGGUUCUGCUUGAGUAUGCCGACAAGAUGUUCACCUAUGUCUUUGUGCUAGAGAUGCUACUCAAGUGGGUAGCCUAUGGCUUCAAGAAGUACUUCACCAAUGCCUGGUGUUGGCUCGACUUCCUCAUUGUGGAUGUCUCGCUGAUCAGCCUAGUGGCCAACACCUUGGGCUUUGCUGAGAUGGGCCCCAUCAAGUCACUGAGGACACUGCGUGCACUCCGCCCCCUGAGAGCCCUGUCACGAUUUGAGGGCAUGAGGGUGGUGGUCAAUGCGCUGGUGGGUGCUAUCCCGUCCAUCAUGAACGUCCUUCUUGUCUGCCUCAUCUUCUGGCUCAUCUUCAGCAUCAUGGGCGUGAACCUCUUUGCGGGGAGGUUUGGGAGGUGCAUCAACCAGACUGAGGGAGACCUGCCUUUGAACUACACCAUCGUGAACAACAAGAGCGAGUGUGAAUCCUUCAAUGUAACUGGUGAAUUGUACUGGACCAAGGUGAAGGUCAACUUUGACAACGUGGGGGCCGGGUACCUGGCCCUUCUGCAAGUGGCAACAUUUAAAGGCUGGAUGGACAUUAUGUAUGCAGCUGUGGACUCCAGAGGGUACGAAGAACAGCCCCAGUGGGAGUACAACCUCUACAUGUACAUCUAUUUUGUCAUUUUCAUCAUCUUCGGGUCUUUCUUCACCCUGAACCUUUUCAUCGGCGUCAUCAUUGACAACUUCAACCAACAGAAGAAAAAGAUAUGGGGCCAAGACAUCUUCAUGACAGAGGAGCAGAAGAAGUACUACAAUGCCAUGAAGAAGCUGGGCUCCAAGAAGCCCCAGAAGCCCAUCCCUAGGCCCCUGAAUAAGUACCAAGGCUUCCUGUUUGACAUUGUGACCAAGCAGGCCUUCGAUGUCACCAUCAUGUUUCUCAUCUGCUUGAAUAUGGUGACCAUGAUGGUGGAAACAGAUGACCAAAGCCCUGAGAAGGUCAGCAUCUUAUCCAAGAUCAACCUGCUCUUUGUGGCCAUUUUCACGGGCGAGUGUAUCAUCAAGAUGACUGCCUUGCGCCACUACUACUUCACCAACAGCUGGAACAUCUUCGACUUCGUGGUUGUCAUCCUCUCCAUCAUGGGCACUGUGCUCUCAGAUAUCAUCCAGAAGUACUUCUUCUCCCCAACACUCUUCCGGGUCAUCCGCCUGGCCCGAAUUGGCCGCAUCCUCAGACUGAUCCGAGGGGCCAAGGGGAUCCGCACACUGCUCUUUGCCCUCAUGAUGUCCCUGCCUGCCCUCUUCAACAUCGGGCUGCUGCUCUUCCUCGUCAUGUUCAUCUACUCCAUCUUUGGCAUGGCCAACUUCGCUUAUGUUAAGUGGGAGGCUGGCAUAGAUGACAUGUUCAACUUCCAGACCUUUGCCAACAGCAUGCUGUGCCUCUUCCAGAUCACCACAUCGGCUGGCUGGGACGGACUCCUCAGCCCCAUCCUCAACACAGGCCCCCCCUACUGUGAUCCCAAUCUGCCCAACAACAAUGGCUCCCGAGGGAACUGUGGGAGCCCAGCUGUGGGCAUCCUCUUCUUUACUACCUAUAUCAUCAUCUCCUUUCUCAUCGUGGUCAACAUGUACAUUGCCAUCAUCCUGGAGAACUUCAGUGUGGCCACAGAGGAGAGCACCGAGCCUCUUAGUGAGGACGACUUUGACAUGUUCUAUGAGAUCUGGGAGAAGUUUGAUCCAGAGGCCACCCAGUUCAUUGAGUAUUCGGCUCUGUCCGACUUUGCUGAUGCCCUGUCUGAGCCACUUCGGAUUGCCAAGCCCAAUCAGAUAAACCUCAUCAACAUGGACCUGCCCAUGGUGAGUGGGGACCGUAUCCAUUGCAUGGACAUCCUCUUUGCUUUCACCAAGAGGGUCCUGGGGGAGUCUGGAGAGAUGGAUGCCCUGAAGAUCCAAAUGGAGGAAAAGUUCAUGGCAGCCAACCCAUCCAAGAUCUCCUACGAACCCAUCACCACCACACUCCGGCGCAAGCAUGAGGAAGUGUCAGCCACAGUCAUCCAGCGGGCCUUCCGCAGGCACCUGCUGCAGCGCUCCAUGAAGCAUGCCUCCUUCCUCUUCCGCCAGCAGGUCGGCAGCAGCGGCCUCUCUGAAGAGGAUGCCCCUGAGCGAGAGGGCCUCAUCGCCUACAUGAUGAAUGAGAAUUUCUCCCGGCCUCUUAGCCCACCCUCCAGUUCCUCCAUCUCCUCCACAUCCUUUCCACCCUCCUAUGACAGUGUCACUAGAGCCACCAGUGAUAACCUCCAGGUGCGGGUGUCUGACUAUAGCCGCAGCGAAGAUCUCGCUGACUUCCCGCCAUCCCCAGACAGGGACCGGGAGUCUAUCGUGUGAGCCUCACCUCUGCUGGCCAGGGCACACUGAGAGGAAGCCUGUUGCCUUAUGGCAAACCCGAAUUCAGUCACAAACCUGCCUGGGCCUUCCUGGCUUUGAACUUUCGGGAUGAGAGACGAGCCUUAGCCCCAAGGAUAACAAGGCAGAGUUCUGUGGUACCACGUGGACAGCUGGAAUAGCUAGAAGAGCUGAACUUUCAGGGGGGCCUAUCCCUGGAGGCCCCACACAUACCUGUGGCCUGGUCUGCUCAGGCAAUGCCUUGGGGUUCUGAAAAGCAACUCCAUCCCAGCUACUGAGGCAAAUAUAAAACAGAGACUGUAUAUGUUGGGAAUGGGCUUUCAUAAAUUUAUUAUAUUUGAUAUUUUUUUACUUGAGCAAAGAACUGAAGUUUUUUCCAUGGAUGUUGGAAGCAUUUCACACUGCCUCUUCUGAACCUGAACAAUAGCAUCUGUGGAGUAGCCCGAACUCUAUUCUCGAAGCAAAAGUGGAAUGUGGUGUGGCUCCCACCGGCCUUCACUGCCUAGCAGGGACAUGGGGUCCCCUGCAGCUUAGGCUGAAGUGCCGGGAGGGCUGACUCCCCUCACUCACAUACAUGUACACACUCCUCCCACAGACAGGGGCCAGGCUCCCCUCAGGCAGUGUCAGGCAACCAUCUCUGUCUCCAGCCUAGGGAGAUGGGCCUCUGCCCUGGCCCACAGAUGGUGUCCUCACUGUGGCCUUCCAUUGUCUCUAAGGUCCCGUAUUUCCCACUGUUUUUCUGCAGGCCAUAUUGGAAUCAGUCCUACAAAAAUAAAAAGCUUCAGAGGAGAGUGGCCUGGGUCCCAAGGCUGGUCCUAGGCACUCAUAUUGCCUUUUCUUUCCCUCCUGUAGAGUAUUAACCUUCACACAAAGAGGUGCAAGGGAACCAGCCCCACUCAUGGCAUUGCAUACUGCCUGUCCUCACUGUGGAACCUGGCAGGCCCUGCCUGACAGGCUGAGAGAAGAGAAUGAGCCUUGUGGGUUUGGGCCUGAGAAGUUCAGGAGUGUGCAGCUGUGGUGGCCCCUCAGCCAAUCUCAAGAAAGGAGCCCAUUGCCAUCUCCCAGGGCUCUCUGUCCAUGGGGAGAUUUUUUAUGUGGUCCCUAGCUUCUCUCCAGAUGCAGUGGCCUGAGAGUGGGGAAAGUACCUUGGCCCUGUGCAGGGAGGGGCCAGAUGGUGAAGCCAGUUCUUGUGCUCUGGGAGGAGGUGAUGAACCACAGGCCUCUUUGGGAGAUGGAGCAGUGUGGCCUGGACCAGCCCAUCUGGCUCAGCCUGGAGUCCUGGUGGUUCCCACAUUCAGGACCUCUCAGGGCAGGGUCCAGGUUGUCCUUUAGGUCUUGUGAGAAGGCUUUUUCAGGGAAAAAUGCUUUUACUAGUCCAAUUACCCCCAGGACCUCUUCAGCUGCUGACAAUCCUAUUUAGCAUAUGCAAAUCUAUCAAUGUAGAGAAAAGCUGGCAGAGUGGAACAGGCAGGGGCUCGGCUGCCCAAUUCCAGCUCUCCAGCAGAGCCACCCCACUGGGUGUCGGCCUCACAGGCCACCUCAGUCUCACUUGCCCUCUUUGGGCUGGCUGCUCCUAACCUACCUCGCCGAGUUGUCAGAGGGCUGGACGUUUGCAACACUCAUGGCAGUGCUGAAGGGGGGGGGGGUGGGCAUUGCCAGCACCUAAAGUAUUAUUUUUCUUCUUGUCACCCCAAUUCCCUUGGUGGCAACCCCAGCCCCCAACCCACCUGACCUCCAGAGAUUUUUCUUCUCUCGUGUUCCUUUUGAGUCCAGUGUGGGACUCAGUUUUAACUGUCCCAGUGACACUUCUCUGAGUGGAAAUCUUAUUUUUGUAGAUCUCUGUGCUUUGCUCUCAAGGCUUAGAGAGGCAUGUCCCCUCCCGGGUACUCCCCGUCCGCUGCACAGGCGGGAAUGUGGUUGGGAGGCAGGUUGGGCUGCCAGCCCAGCUGGCCGGAAGGAGACUGUGGUUUUGUGUGUGUGGACAGCCCGGGAGCCUAGGGACAGGUGCCCAGGGCUGGCUGUAGACAGUGUGGCUAAGGGCAGGGACAAGCUGGACCUGACCCCUUAGCUUUUAGCAUGGCUAAUUUUUUUUUUUUUCCAGAACUGCACAGCGACCAACAGGAGGGGGAAAAGGGGGUGGAAAAAAGGAUGGGGAGAAUAAGCAUCAGUGCCAGAUGUCGUCUGAACUAAUCGAGCACUUCUCACUGAACUUCGUGUAUAAAUAAAAUACAUAUUUUUAAAACAAACCAAUAAAUGGCUUACAU